AUGUAAUGUGCGGCAUUCUCCCAGAGUGCAGAAGUACAGCGACUCGUGUUUAUGUGACAGAGAGGAGUCUCAGCGAAAUAACACUGAUAAAUAUUCUGCCAUUUGUGGAGACAGAAUUGCAAUGGAUACCGAUCGUGACAAGGAUGAGAAGCCGGAAACCCAGUCUGUAGAGUUGCAUGAGACUCCACUUGAGGAGCAACCGUCUCCCGUAAAGGACCCUCAGGUUUCACCUGAGGAGCACAAGCAAUGGAAAUUUCUGCUCUUCUACCUCUGUUUCUAUGGCUUCAUGACCCAGCUGCGUCCUGGAGAAAGCUUCAUAACCCCAUUCCUUCUGAGCCCACAAAGGAAUUUUACCAGGGAGCAGGUUACCAAUGAGAUCACACCAGUGCUAAGCUAUUCGUAUAUGGCUGUGUUGGUGCCGGUAUUUCUGCUGACGGAUUUCCUACGUUACAAGCCUGUGCUGAUUCUGCAGAGUUUAAGUCACAUAUCCGUGUGGCUGCUCCUCAUUUAUGGUUCAGAUGUCAUAGCCAUGCAAUUCAUGGAGUUUUUUUAUGGCAUCACUAUGGCAGCUCGUGUUGCGUAUUCUUCAUACAUAUUUUCACUGGUUUCUCCUGCCACAUACCAGCUAGCUGCAGGGUACUCCCGUUCUUCUAUACUAAUGGGAGUUUUCACCAGCUCAGUACUGGGCCAACUUCUCAUCACCUUUGCAGAUGUUCCUUUUCAGACCCUCAAUUAUAUCUCUUUAAGCUUUAUGAUAUUUGGGCUAAUUCUCACAUUGUUCCUACAACGCCCCAAACGAAGUCUCUUCUUUAAUAAAAACUAUUCCUCCCAGAGUAAUGGAGGUCACCAGUCGGAGUUACAAAAAAUGAACCCUGAAACCAGGAAGAGAGGUCUGCUCCCUCGAUGGAAGGAUUCCGUAUUUUCUCGCAUGCUACUGGAAGUGAAGGAAACCUUCCGUCACCCUCAACUGCGUCUCUGGUCCUUGUGGUGGAUUUUUAAUUCAGCUGGGUACUACUUAAUGCUGUACUACGUGCAGAUUCUGUGGAAUGAGGUCUAUCCUACUACAGACAACCGAAAAAUAUAUAAUGGGGCUGUUGAUGCAGCUUCUACCCUUCUUGGUGCCAUCACAUCCUUUGCAGCUGGAUAUAUAAAGAUUCGCUGGAGAUUGUGGUCAGAGUUGGUAAUCGGACUUGUCACUGCUUCACAGGCAGGUCUUCUGAUUCUCAUGAACACCACUUCAAAUAUCUGGAUUUGCUACGUGGCUUACAUCCUCUUCAGAAGCUCACACCAAUUUCUGGUCCCUAUUGCCAUCUUUCAGAUUGCAAGUUCACUGUCAAAGGAGCUCUGUGCGCUUGUGUUUGGAGUUAACACUUUCUUUGCAACCAUCCUGAAAACCAUAAUUACUGUCAUCAUUGCAGACAAGAGAGGCUUGGCUCUUUCUGUUCACCCGCAGUUUUAUGUCUACUUUGCCUACUUUACACUGCUGGCUGUGGUGUAUCUCGGGACUGCUGGUUUUACUAUUGUGAAAUACAAACGAGAGGAGCGUACUAAAGAGAAGCCCCAGAUGCUGCCAGAAAUGACUACAAAAGAAAAUGACAAAGGCGCCACUAGUGACUCGUGUGCGUGAACCCUGCAGCUGACCUGGAAAGUGGCAUUUCCAACCUCAGCAUGUAGACAAAACCGGUCGGUAAAACGAAGCAGGAUGGCUGUAGUUCAGGAAAUAACUUUAGGGCUAGUGGGACCAGGUUAUGCUAAAACUCCCACAAGUCUACACGCUCUUAUUUAGACACUGGCUAAAUAUCAUAUGAAGAGAUUCAAUGGCAAAAAUCUCAGGGAUAUGGAGCUGCAAAAGAAUACGCUUUUGAUAUUGGUACAUUUUUAAGUGCUCGCCUAGCCCUUCAUGUAAUAUACAAAUACUUUUACAGCAAUUGUCACUGCAAAUGACAUCAUUAUACCCUGGAAGGUGAAAUCUAGACAUUUUGAUAAUACAUUGAACAUCAGAAGUUCAUAAUUUCAACAACG